ACACGCCUGGUGACGAAUAGCAUUCGCUGAGCUCGUUCGUGGCUGUUGUGGUGGUACAAAUAGGCGCACGCUUCCACUGAGUCUAGUUGUAACUUCCGUCGUCGUUGUCUUUUGCAAGAAGGAGGACGUGUCUUGUCUGCUAUAGUUUGUUAGAGGGUUGUGAGCGUGGAAAAAACAAGCAGUCAGUUAACAAUAUGGCUUUGGUAGAACUUUUCGGGAAUGAAGUGGUCGGCAAGAGCGGGAACGUGCAGACCUCUUCCUUGGAGAGCAAAGAUGUUGUAGGAGAACGACCUGUCCAAAAAGUAUAGCGUCUCCGGCAUUCCCACUCUGGUCCUUGUGGACGCCAAAACAGGGGAGACCAUCACGAAGGAAGGAAGGGGCAUACUCUCCAACGCAGACUGCGGACAGUCGUUCCCAUGGAAAAACUAAACAGCUCACUUCGCGAACAUGCCAUUAAUAUUAAAUCAAUCAUUGUGAUCUGAGAUAAAGUUCCAUAAUAUGUUUUCUUUGCUAUUUCUUUUUAUCUUUAUACCCUUCCCGAAAUGGUUCUGCUCAUUUUUUAUUUAUAUAUAUUUUUUAUACUCUUUCUUUCGGUGAUACAUUUACGAAGCAUUUUUUUAUUUCUUAUUUUUGGACAUUUUUAUUGUUUGAUUUUAGACACGGAUUAAUCUCUGCCUACACUUAAUACAUUAUUCAUUGUUCUUAUCAUUGGGCAGGUGUGUUAUGCGUUCACAAGGUUCGUGGAUGUUUUCUGUCCAUCAGAUUGGACUGCGACAUUUUUUCAUUGAUAACUUAUUGUACUGUGACUGAAUAAAAGUUGGUUAACAAUUGA